AUGUGGAAGAAGAGUGUUGCUAUUCUCAGCGCCAUUGCCGGUCUGGCAAUGGCUGCUCCCCUUCCUCAGGAUGCUGCUGCCGCUCCUGCUACUACCAAGUACAUCAUCACCCUCAAGGCUGGCAUUGACCCGGAAGUUGGCAUCUCUCACAUCAACUGGGCCGGUGACCUCCACCGCCGUGGUAUCUACAAGCGUCAGGAGAAUGGCACUGUUGAGGAGGACUUGAAGGUCUUCAAGGUUGCCGACUUCAACGCCUACGCUGGUUCCUUUGACGAGGAAACCAUUGCUGAGCUCAAGGCUAGCAACGAGGUUGCUGUUGUUGAGGAGGAUCUCCCCAUCUACAUGACUGCCAUUACCUCACAGACUGGCAGCACCUGGGGUCUUGGCCGCAUCUCGCAACGCACCUACACUGCCAACACCUACUACUACGACACCACUGCUGGUGCCGGUACUUACGGCUAUGUGAUCGACUCUGGUAUCAACAUCAACCACCAACAGUUCGGUGGUCGUGCCUCUCUUGGUAGCAACUUCGUUGGUGGCUCUCACAUCGAUGACGCUGGUCACGGUACUCACGUUGCUGGCACUAUUGCUGGUUCCACGUACGGUGUUGCCAAGAAGGCCAAUGUCAUCUCCGUGAAGGUCUUCGGUGCUUCUGGAUCCAGUGCCACCUCCACCAUCAUGCAGGGCUUCGAAUGGGCUGUAAACGACAUCAUCAACAAGGGUCGUGCCGGCAAGGCCGUGAUCAACAUGUCUCUCGGUUCUGAGGACUCAGUCUCCACUGCAUUCAAUUCCCUCGUCAACGCCGCUACCCAACAAGGUGUCCUCUCCGUGGUCGCAGCCGGCAACGGUAUCAGCAACCCCCAAACAGGUGCCUUCAUCGAAGCCAUCGAUGCCUCCCGCACCUCCCCCGCCUCCGCAUCUUCAGCCCUCACCGUCGGCGCCAUAGGCAGCAACAACGCCCGCGCCUACUUCUCCAACUUCGGCAGCACCGUCGAUGUCUUCGCUCCUGGCCUCAACGUCUUGUCUUCGUGGAUCGGCUCCAACACUGCUACCAACACUAUCUCCGGUACCUCUAUGGCUUGCCCCCAUGUUGUUGGUCUUGCUCUUUACCUCAAGGGUCUGGAGUCCGGUCUUACCACCCCUGCUGCCACCACCAACAGAAUCAUUGCUCUUGCCACUACUGGCCAGGGCACUGAUCUCCGCACUGGCAGCCCCAACCGUAUUGUCUACAACAACAGCGGUCGUUAA